UUCGGAGUUAAAAGAGCGGUUUGCAAAACUUUCUCUGGAAAGUUAUUCAUUUUUUUUUAUUAUUUUUAUAAUGUUACAUAGGGAGUGUGUAUAUUAAUGUGUGAGUACCAUCCUCCCUAUAAAAUUACCUCUCGAACGGUACAUAACAGGGUAAGCGGCAGUACUUUUCAAGCACUCGUAAGCUUAUCAUACACUUGACUGAACUUCUACUUAUCUGUUGUUUUAAAAUAAACGCUUUUAGUUUUACUCUUUUAUUUAUUUUUAUUCUUUCAUAAUGUUUACCUCAAAAUUGUUUCAUUUUUAUUUGAGUGGUUUAUCUUUUUUAUUGAUAACAGUGUUUUUAUUUCCCGACUCCGUUCAAUCACAAUCUAACGCAACGAUUACGCCGUCAACUAAAAAGUUUCCAUUAUUGAUGCCGAAGAAAUCAAUUUAUUAUGAUUUGAGAAGUCGUAAGCCGUAUGAAUUAGAACUCGACGAUACAGAGAGAUUUCCAGAUUCACCUUUAAGAUAUGUAUCACGCAGUGCUAAUGGAUGCAGCUGCAGUAAUUUGACAUGUGGAUGCUGCGCUGGUGUUAAUUUAGAAUUUUUCAAUUUUGACCAAAAAGCUUGCUCGAAUAUCACAAUGGUUCCCGAAGAAUUUGCUAUGGAUUUCCGGCUAAUUAUUAAUGACAAUGAAGUUAUGAAACAACGUGUCACUGGAAGAAAUCCUCCGCCGUUGUGCAUGCCAUUGAGUUUCUUACCGAUUGUAAGUUUCUGCGUCCGUGUCUACGAUAUCGGCAUAAUUGAUAGAAAAGUUCGUGCAUGCGUUGAUUUCGAGACUCGCAUAACAUCCUGGCCAAUUUUCGUUCUUCAUUUUAAUUGUGUCAAAGUGGGGACUGACGGUGUCACCUGGGUGCCAACUACAACUCACAACAAGCCAACAGCAGCUCUUGAAACGAGUUUCAAUCCUACGAAGCCCGGGUUUUUGGUGCCUGAAGUCUACGAUGAAGUUAAUUUUGAGCAAUCUGACCAGAUAGUCGCCUCAAAUGUUUCAGAAAUCGUCACCGAUGAUCUACCGAUUGGUUCUCUCAAAGUCUAGAUUAUUAAAAAAAAAUAUUUAUUUAUUUAUUUAUUUAUUUUAUGUUAAAAAUACAAAGAACUUUUCUCCUU